AUGAAACAGAGCCCUUUUGACCUUCCAGACGAUGACGAGAAAGGGGAGAUAGGGGAGACCAUUCUAGAAGAGAAUUCUCCAAUGGACGAACCGCCUCUCAGAGGGAUGCCCCAGGGAGAAACGGUCAAUGACGAUGAUGACAACAUCGCGAACCAUCAGAAGGAUGGGCCUGAGAAAGGAUCAUCUAGUGCCGAGGAGCCAUCUUCAUCUUCAACAACGGCACAUGAGGACUGA